GGUUUUGCUCACCCUUAUUCCGGCUCCCUCUCCCAAUCUGCGUAGCUCGCAUUCUCAGUCUCAGAGUCAGCGCAUAGUAGCGAAACAUGCCUUUCAAAAGGUACGUCGAGAUCGGGAGGGUUGCUCUGAUCAACUACGGCAAAGAUUAUGUGAAGCUAGUGGUCAUUGUUGAUGUCAUCGACCAGAACAGAGCUCUUGUAGAUGCCCCUGAUGUGGUGAGAUCUCAAAUGAACUUCAAGAGACUCUCACUAACUGACAUUAAGAUUGAUAUCAAGAGGGUCCCUAAGAAGAGGGAUCUCCUCCAAGCCAUGGAGGCUGCUGAUGUUAAAAAGAAGUGGGAGAAUAGCUCGUGGGGUAGGAAACUGAUUGUCCAAAAGAGAAGAGCCUCACUCACUGAUUUUGACAGGUUCAAGUUAAUGUUGGCGAAGAUCAAGAGGGCAGGUGCUGUGAGGCAAGAGCUCGCCAAGCUGAAGAAAAAUGCAUCUUAAGAAUGCUUCAUAUGAAGUAUUCAAAUUUUGUCAUGAAUUUCUGUGAGUAGUACACCUCAGUGAUGAAUUAAUAUGUUUUGAAGAAGCCUCCUGUGGGAAGAAACCUAGUCUAAUAACUUAUUAUUAUUGUACUUUUGCUUUAGUUUGUAAGAAGCCUACAUUUUUUAGUACAUGAAGGGCAGUAUUACGCCACCCUUGAAGGGCAGUCAUGCACCAUUUUUUAAUACACGAAGGGCAAUAUUACAUUA